AUGCAGUUUUCAGAGAACGAGGCUGAUGAUACAUCAAGUGUGGAAAGUACUUCAAACACUGACAAUACUUCUCGAAGUGAGACCCCUACUAACUCUCGGGUGAAGAAGCGAAGGAGAGGCAAGAAAAAAACAAUAAAACCUGUGAAACCCCCCUAUAAAUUCAAUUGCAGUGCAAAGGAAGAUCAUGGACAACCACUGUUUGGUUGUCAGUUUAAUCAUCACUUAGGAGAUGGUGAACCGCGAGUAUUUGCUGUUGUAGGUAGCAAUAGAGUCUCAAUAUAUGAGUGCCCAGAAUCAGGUGGUUUCAAAUUUCUUCAGUGCUAUGCUGAUCCAGAUGUUGAUGAGACAUUUUACACUUGUGCCUGGUCUUAUGAAGAGGAAACACAUCUCCCUUUAUUAGCUGUGGCUGGCUCCCGUGGUAUUGUGAGAAUCUUCCACCCUGCAUCGCAAACAUGCAUUAAACAUUAUAUUGGUCAUGGCCAUGCUAUCAAUGAGGUCAAAUUUCAUCCUCGAGAUCCAAACCUCCUGCUUUCAGCCAGUAAAGAUCAUGCUUUACGUCUUUGGAACAUUAUGACAGAUGUCUGUAUAGCUAUCUUUGGUGGUGUUGAAGGUCACAGGGAUGAAGUAUUAAGUGCUGAUUUUGACUUAAAAGGGGAACGAAUUAUGUCUUGUGGCAUGGACCAUUCAUUAAAACUAUGGAGAUUGGACAAACCAUCUAUGCAUGAAGCCAUAAAGCAGAGUUAUAACUUUAACCCACAUAGAGCUUUAAGACCAUUUAAUUCUUUAAAGGAACAUUUUCCUGACUUCUCAACACGCGAUAUCCAUAGAAAUUAUGUUGAUUGUGUGAGAUGGAUGGGUGAUCUUAUUUUAUCUAAGUCUUGUGAAAAUGCCAUAAUAUGUUGGAAGCCAGGACGAUUGGAGGACACUGAUUUACGCCCAGGUGACAACUCUGUUACAAUUGUUCACAGAUUCGACUAUAAAGAAUGUGAGAUAUGGUUCAUACGAUUUGCUGUUGAUUAUAGCCAAAGAGUCAUAGCACUUGGUAACCAAUGUGGCAAAACAAUGGUGUGGGAACUGGGUAAUGUUGCAGGGGGCUCCAAAGCCUCUCAGUUGGUUCAUCCUCGUUGUGUUGCUGCUGUCAGACAGGUGACAUUUUCAAGAAAUGGGAAGGUUCUUCUGACAUGUUGUGAUGACGGCACCAUAUGGAGAUGGGAUCGAGUCAACAAUAACAGCUAG